AUGCCGCUGGACACACUAUGUGGUUGGUCGACUGCUGUAGCCUGUGGUCUUCUGUUUCUCCUCCAUGUGCAUGGUGAAGACUCAAACAGCCCCAUCAGGACCACCCACACAGGACAGGUUCGAGGCAAUCUUGUCCACUUGAAUGACACUAGAGUCGGUGUCCACACCUUCCUGGGAAUUCCCUUUGCCAAGCCUCCUCUAGACCAGCUGAGAUUUGCACCCCCUCAACCUCCUGAACAAUGGAGUGGCGUGAGGAGUGGGACCACCUACCCACCCAGGUGUCUACAAAAUUCUGAAACCGUGAGUGCAGAGAGUCUGGAGAUGAUGAAACUGAGCAUGCCUCCCAUCUCUACUUCUGAGGACUGCCUGUAUCUCAACAUCUACGCACCAGCCCAUGCCCACGAGGGCUCUAACCUGCCUGUGAUGGUGUGGAUCCAUGGUGGCGCACUGGUUAUGGGCAUGGCUUCCAUUCAUGAUGCAUCCAUGCUGGCAGCCAUUGAAGAUGUGGUGGUGGUCACUAUCCAGUACCGCCUGGGUAUCCUGGGCUUCUUCAGCACUGGAGAUGAGCAUGCUAGAGGAAACUGGGGCUAUCUGGACCAAGUGGCCGCCCUACGCUGGGUUCAGCAGAACAUCGCCCACUUUGGAGGCAACCCUGACCAUGUCACCAUUUUUGGCGAGUCUGCAGGUGGCACAAGUGUGUCUUCACAUGUUGUGUCCCCCAUGUCCCAGGGGCUCUUCCAUGGAGCCAUCAUGGAGAGUGGGGUGGCCCUGCUGCCUGACCUUAUCUCCAACACCUCUGAGGUGGUCUACACAACAGUAGCCAUCUUAUCUGGUUGUGAGACCAUGGACUCAGAGACCCUGGUGCGCUGUCUGAGAAACAAGAGUGAAGAGGAAAUUCUGGCUAUUAAUGAGGUCUUCAAGAUAAUCCCUGCUGUGGUGGAUGGGGAGUUCCUACCCAAUCACCCCCAAGAGUUGUUGACUUCUGUGGACUUUCACCCUGUCCCCAGCAUCAUUGGUGUCAACAAUGAUGAAUACGGUUGGCUUCUCCCCAUGAUUCUGGGCUCUGAUCAGACUAUAAACAAAAUAACCAGAGAGACCCUGCAGGCUGUUCUGAAGAAUACAACAACACAAAUGAUGCUACCUCCUGAGUGUAGUGACCUACUAAUGGAAGAGUACAUGGGGAACACUGAAGACACCGAGACCCUCCAAGCACAGUUCAGAGAGAUGAUGGGAGACUUCAUGUUCAUUAUCCCUGCACUCCAAGUAGCACAUUUUCAGCGCUCCCAUGCCCCUGUCUACUUUUAUGAGUUCUGUCAUGAGGCCAACUAUCUCAAAGAUGUCAGACCACCCCAUGUGAAAGCUGACCAUGGAGAUGAAGUUCCCUUUGUCUUUGGGAACUCCUUCUGGGGCAUGAAACUUGACCUCACUGUGGAGGAGAAGCUGCUGAGCAGAAGGAUGAUGAAGUACUGGGCCAACUUUGCACGACAUGGGAACCCCAACAGUGAGGGUCUACCCCACUGGCCCGUGUUUGACCAUGAUGAGCAGUAUCUGAAGCUGGACACCCAGCCUGCUGUGGGCCAAUCCCUGAAGGCCAGAAGGCUGAAGUUCUGGACCAGGACUCUACCCCAGAAGAUCCAGGAGCUAAAAGGCUCUCAGGAAAAUCACAAAGAGCUGUAG